UUUCACUUACUUUAUCCAUUUUUGAUAGAACCCAGAAUAUUACUGGAAGAAAAAAAAAUUUCUGGGUGAUGGUUCAAAGUAAAAUAUUUGAACUUACAGUUAUAUGUCUAAAAUGCUAAACUUCUAAACCUUCAGAUACUCGCGAAAAUUUCUUCGAGAGUAUCUGAAGGUUUAAACAUUGAAUUAUAAAUGAAAAACGUUGCCGGAAAAACCGUAAGGAUGUAUUCCAUAGAAAAAGGAAAAUAUAAAGCCUUUCUGAAAAAUAAAAUCAACUUACAAAGACAGCGAAGACCAAAUUGGUCAGGAAGAUAUUAUACGAUCCAGGCCCUUUCAGCUUGAUCGUCGUUCCCUCCGGAACCACGUAUCUCCUGAUGUCACCGUGAUCAGCUACAGACACAUCGAACGGCGACUGGUGUGGGACGAGGUAGGAAAGUACUGGUUCCGUGAUAGUUACUCAAUUAAGGGGUUUUUAACGUUUAAUUUCCUUCACGUAUAAAAAUAAAAGAUUGAUUUGUAGAUAUGGAAAACCAAUGAAGAAACAGACUCAAUAAAGAAACAAUGAAGAAGUUAAUCAAUUAAGCGAUUACUGAUUCUACUCGGAAUAUAAACUAAUCACGCUGCGCAAUUUGCAACUACAAAACAAAAUGGAGCAGCAAGUUUUAAAUGGUGGAUAAUAAAUGCAAUUAAUUGAAACCCCGCAAUUAAUUCAUUCGAAUUGGAUGGACUCGACAAUCAAUUAGUUGGACACAAUUAAUUGGGCUCCAAUUAAUUGUUCCCUAGCCCUGCUGUAUUCGCUCGAAUUGAGGCGAGAAAUCAAAAUUUUCAAACCGGUUUUUUCUUGACACGGAAAUUUUUUUUGUAGUUCUCCAAUGUCGUUUGAAUCGCGACUGAAAGGGCUUUCAUAUAAAUUACUCAACUUAGGUUAAAAAUUUGUCUUAAAAAGAAUAAAUCAGUCAAUUUCUGAUUUAUUGAAUAGAGGCUUUAGUUUAAAGGACACACUUUGGUAAUUUAGAAUUGAGUCCUAUUCAAGUUAAAUAAACAACUUAACCUAUUGAACAUCUGCUUGUUUUCUUUUGCAGUUACUACUCGUCUCUGCAUAAUGCAUAAUAAUGGUUUUGCUAAAAAAUGUAUCAUUUUUUUGUGUUUUUUUUUGGUGAAAAUAUGCUUAUUGGAAAAGAUUCAACGAGUGCAAGUGGUCGAAUAAGUUCCUUAUAUUAGGUUACUUCUUUGCUCGGUUCUUCAGACACGGUUUUUCGGCCGGUCAAAAACCUCAGUUUAAUUCAUUGAGGUCAAUCUACAACAUUCUUCGGUUAGUUUAGGUUAUUUUAAGUAAAAUAUAUUCUUCCAGUGCAAUAUUUUUGUAGCAACUAUGAAAUAACUGAAGGUGUGCAGACCAUUCUUGUACUCAUUAAAAUAAUUCAAUAACUCUAUACAAUCUUCGGUUGGUAUUUGUUGCUGUUACUUGUUAUGGGGUAACUUAGUUAGCCAAUGUUUUGCUUGACUGAUGGCAAGGCAUAAUUUGGAAUGACUAAUUGAAAAUUCUAGGCUUUCAUGCGUAAAUUGAUGUCAGCAUCAAGUUUUCAUCAAUAAUUUUUCAGCAAAUUUAAACACCAGUUGUGCGUAAGAAUGGUAUCUGACGUUUAUGUGGUGCGUCGUUACUGGAGCUACAUGUUGAAUUGCAAUGCAUGAUUGCAAAGAAAAAACUAGUGUGAAAAUGAAAAUAUUGUAAAUACGACCAACAGCGCGUUCCAAAGCGUAACCACGCGUUUUUAUUCAACCAAAACAGACGUCAAAAAAUCAACUUUUAGCAGUAUGAAUUAAUUUGUUACUAAUAUCUGAUAGCACUGAUAACGCUAAAUUUGGUGGUAUAGUGUUGGCGUGUUUACGUUGUUUUUAGUUAGUGACCAAAAUUAAAGCUAGUCUCUGAAAGAAAAUCUAUUUUAACAGCAUUUGCUGAAAGGAAAUCGAAGCUAUAGUCCUUCGAGUGCUAAGUAAAUCUUCUAUCUUCCUUACACAUAAAAUGAAGAAACUGCUACCAUAAAAAUUUGAUCUGAGAGCUUCAUUUUAGGAGUUUUUUAUUGCUUUCUUUCCCAGCCUUUUAUAUCUCCUUUUCUUCUUAAUUUACGAAAAUGACCUUGAAUGGUCAAACAAUCGAUGGAGCUAUUUUUAACAACGCAGGUCUCUUACUUGAUGAGCCCUGGAAUUCCUUAGCAAUUGAAAAAGUGAACGAAGAGCCAUCGCUAGUUGUUCAAAAAUGCUCUACAGUUAUUGCCAAGAUACAGACAAAUCACCCCAAGUUACUUUUCAACCCUGACCUCAACUUCAUUCUCCGUUUUCUUCGUCUGAGAAAGUACGAUACAGAUAAAGCUUACAAAGAGAUAAUCAGUCUGUACGAGUUUCAGAAAGUGGAAAAGUUGUGCCAUAACUUGCUUCCUUCAGAGUGCGAACAUAUUUUUAAACUUCUAGUGGGGGCUGUUAUGCCCGGGUAUGACAAACAGUUGCGAAAACUACUUAUUUUACACAUCGGACUGUGGAAUACUGAUGAAACGAAACUGUGGGAUGCUUUCCGGGCGCUGCUUAUUGUUCUGGAAGUCAUAGCCAGCGACCCGGUGUCUCAAAUCACAGGGCUGUCAGUUAUCGUCGACUUCAAAGAUUUCACGCUGAAACAUCUUUCCCAUGUCAAAUUCAGUCUUGCCAGGACAAUCGUCAAAGCUAUUCAGGAAACAAUACCGAUUAGGGUGAAAGCGUUGUACUUCAUUAAUGCUUCGUCAUUUUUGACAUCUUUAAUAUCGACGAUAAAAGUUUUGCUCAGUUCCAAAAUCAGGAAAAGAUUUCACGUGUUGGCAGAGAAGAGAGAGAAAGGAGAUAGACCCCUGUCGGAAAUCCUGUGUGAAGAUUUCGGACCUGAAGUUCUUCCCAGGUCUCUCGGAGGAGUCGCAGAUGUAAAUGAAGAUCCAUACGAAAUCACUUGUAACUUAAUGCUGCAACAACAAACUUAUUUCGAAAACCUGAUGCAAUAUGGAUUUUAAGAUCAAACUCAGCACCGCAAAGCCUUAGCCUGAGUAGGAAUUAGAUAUAUAGUUUAGAAGAUGUCUUAUAUAGCAAGUUGGCAUAUUUAUUAGCAAAGCUUUUUUGAACCUAGAUGAACUUGAGCUGAAAGAAAUCAGUUGCUUCAGCAGUGUCUGAAAGAAUGUCCUGCUCAUAUGUUGAAAGGUCUCUUUGUAUUCUUAGCAACAUUCCAUCAACUGCUCUUCACCGUAGAGUGCUUUUCAGUUCAAGAAUUAAGAAGCGCUGAAUGUUAUUCAACUAUUGAGACGACAGGAAAAAUUCUGAAUUGUACUACUGAUACUUUAGAAGUUGCCUGAGCUAAAGGGUUAUCAAUAGCGAGUGAUCACGAGAUCUUGACAAUGAAAACAUAUAGAAAUGCUUUUCCAGAAUAAAAGUUGUAAACACUCAUUAGAAUUACCCAUGAAAGUAAUAGAAACAGGUCAUUAGCUAUGAACAGCUGUUCCAAUUACGCGUUUUUAAUUUCUUUGCUUCUUAAUUGAAAAGUUUCCUUUUUAUAAGACCUACUCGCUCAAAUUUAGAAUAAAACUCUGAGUUUGUGGCACCGCAGACGUAGGCUCCUAAUGAGAAGAAAAUGCCCUUCCCGUCACUGAGUUUGAACCUGACUCAUCAAAUUAAUUGCUUCCGACUCAGUCCAAUCCAGUGUAUGCCCUGCGAUGUAAUUUCACUUAGUCUCUUGGCCCUGCUCGUGGCAAUAUUCAUAGAUAGGGACACGCAGUAUUUCGGUUUAAACGUGGAGAUUGGACUCGAGGAUUAUGCGUUUGACGCUCUGACAGGUAUCAAACAAAAAGUAAAACGCGACUGAUAACAAGCACGUUGCUUUUUUGCUGAUCCGCGAGCAAAUCUUGGUGUACUGUGGACCUAUCAUUGGCCCCGGUGUGAAGGUGGUGGAUGCAUUCCAGCAAGCAGUUGGAACUAGGACGAGCGCAUUCUGAUGUCAUCGGCUGGUAUCGGAUGAGGUCAGUUUUGGCAUAAUCCUCCGUGACAACUGCGUUACUUCCCAUCUCCAGUACGAACCUUUAACAAAUCUGUACUCGUGUCUCCGGCGAUAAUUAAAUCAUCGGCCCGUCAUUGACAAUAGUCCUGUGAUUCUGGACACAGCCUUCGCUGUCAAUGCAGAGGACUCGGCAGUGUUGAAGCAUGUACUCUACGUGGUACGGAUUUCUUGCUCCAAGCGGUAAUAGCCUCCUCGAUGACUUAAAGUGACCUUACGGACAUCUUUCAAUGUUGAUUGAAUAUUACGAGCGUGUAAAACAACCUUGCCAUGCCAGUAUACUUUUCGUUGGUUACAUGUGAACUUGGAAGCUUUCUGAUGGAAAGCGUCCUGCUGCGCCUCAAUGAAAAUAGGGGGCUGGAACGUGGCUACGUGGGUUACCAUUGUGGUAGCAAAAUUUGCGUUGUGGGCAAAAGAGAGCGAAAAACAAACUGCCGAGUCCGAAAUAGUUAGAAUAUCGAAAGAUUUAGUCCCUCCUAUGUCGGACAAACCUUGUGAAAUAUGGUUCGUAUACCCCCAACUGGAAAAAAUUGAAGCUAACCCUAUAAAACUCAUAGGACGGAUACAAGAGUUUGGAUGCAAAACUCGGAGCCCCUGGUCAAAGUGAUAACGGUUCUCGGAAGUGCGAAUCGCCCAAUUGGAACUCAGUAAUUAGCGUUGGAAUUGGGACUAAAUCUUAAAUUGUUAUUAACUUAGUUGAAGUAAUUUCAAGUUUAGAACCUCAGACGCCCUGGACGGUGUUAUCCCCUAAGAAAUGUCCCCACCACAACUUCCCGAACUCAUCGCCAAUCCCAAUGAGCGCCUGAACGUUGUUUGACAAAUUUGGUUAUUCGAUAGAACCCUUACCAUAAAACAAGAUACUUGUUUUUUAAUUUGAACCAAAUCCGUCGAUUGGACCAGAAAUUAUUAGCAUUUGGGACAAGCACUUCUUACACCGGAAAAAGGCAAUAUAGCUCAAAUAAUGAGCGUAGGCAUCUUGAAUUUAUGGCGGUAAUAGACACUAGUUAUCAACACCGAUUCAAGACACCUUGUGAAUGAAAUAUCUCCGGCGACUUUCCGGCGUCAAUAGCUCCUCUUUUGAGAGAAAUGAUAAUGGUGACUAAAAAAAGGCUAAUUAGGGAAGCACUGGGAUAUGGAUGGAAUUUAGUAGAUAGGAUCUCCAUGUGACACGUACCCCGAAUAUGGAAGGUUCACCCCUGCUUACUCUGAGGAGACCUUGAAAUGACAUUUCGGCUUUUUGGCCAAAACUUGCACCAGUACCCUUUGAAUUAUUACCGGAAAGGGGAACAAUAGGAGUACAACGGGAUCUAAUUCUCCCAAUUAAUACAAACAGAUGGGUUGUUUAUCUCCACAGAGGUGACUUUUUGGCACAAUUGGAAGACGAACUACCCUCCCAUGAUAGCUAGAGGGUCGGGAUUGAAUUUGUAUAUAUGAAAGUUUUAGUAGCUUAGAUGCAAGUGGCUACCAUUGAAAAGGACCUCCUUAUAGCCCCAUGAGGCCGGAAUGCCUAAGAGAGUGAUCAGUUGGUUCUCAUGGAGGGAGAAAGAAACAAAAGAGUCAAAAAGAGAAAGAAAGAGAGAAAGCGAGACAAACAGACAGACAGACAAAGAAGGGAGAGAAGAGAGAGAAAGAAAGAGAGAGAGAGAGAGAGAGAGAGAGAGAGAGAGAGAGAGAGAUAGAUAGAUAGAUAGAUAGAUAGAUAGAUAGAUAGAUAGAUAGAUAGAUAGAUAGAUAGAUAGAUAGAUAGAUAGAUAGAUAGAUAGAUAGAGAGAUAGAUAGAGAGAUAGAAAGAUAGAUAGAAAGAAAGAAAGAAAGAAAGAGAGGAGAGAGAAAGAAGAGAUAGAGUGAGAGAGAGAGAGAGAGAGAGAGAGAGCGGGAGAGAGAGAGAGAGAGAGAGAGAGAGCGGGAGAGAGAGAGAGAGAGAGAGAGAGAGAGAGAGAAAUAACAGAACCUGAGAAGGCUGGAGGAAAAAUUCUCAGCUAAGUGAAUCUCCCUCAGCCAUUGAAUCAGUGAAAUAGUUGAAUUGGGCUGACCCGAAAUAUAUUUCGGGUAGUUGCAAUUGCAGUUGUUCCCGAGAGAACGGAUUAGUUAGUUGUUUAGUAGUUGAAACCGAGUUUACUACCUGGAGGGAUUAAUUAAUUGGUUGAACGAAUCGAAUUAUUGGCGUUUGCUAGUUUGGAAAUGAGUAAGCCAAAAAGAGCAAAAAGAGAAAUGAGGAAGCCAAAAAGAGCAAAAAGAGAAAUGAGGAAGCCAAAAAGAGAUCGUUGAUAAUAAUGUGCCUUAAUGUCCCUCAGUUUUCACUCCUUGAUUUUCGGAUGUAUAUCGGCUUGUUUGCAAUCUGCAUACCUUUCGCCAUUAGUAUAAUUGAUCCUUUUGAUGCGGCACGCAUCAGUUUGAGUUUGUUGUAAACUUGAGAAAUCAAACUCGAUUCUAAUUGGGCUAAAAGCCUCAUGCUAAGCGGCCCGCAUGAAAUUAGGCCGGUUCCCUUUUUUUCAAGCGAGCUCGCAAAACGGAUCGGGUCUUGGGCGGGGCUUGUCCAUUGACAUUCUAUCGUGAACUUCGGCUGUUGUAACUUUCAAAUUUUUCACCCGCAAAUUCAUGUGAUACUGAACAAAAUCAUGAAAACGUCUCCAAUCAAAUUCACACUUGAACUUGCGUGUGAAAACUAUUUUGGAUGUUUAUAAACGCCACCUGGGAUAUUUUUUGCAUACUUUCUUUAACUAGUUGGGCCUAUUUAUGACAAAAAAAACUCAAAUUUCGUGCAUGCUUGCGUCUGACUUUGAUGUUUUUCUAAACUUACGGUUUCGAAAGGUUUUGCCUGAAACAAAAUUUAACCUGUAAAAUAGUACUAUCAAAGACACAACUAUGAAACUGUAGGUUGUUUUCGGUAUCAAAUGAAAGCUAUUUGUACAUUGAUAAUACGUGGCCGGGCAAUUUUCCUAUCGCGACGCAUUGCCUUAUAGAUAUUGACUGAGAGGUAGUUAUAAAACCUUUGCGAUAAAGUAUCAUAUUAUAUACAUCAUAAUUUUUAUGACAUCUUACUGUGAUCUAGACUAUCUAUCUUGCAUAUAUCAUCAACCUUAAAAACGAAGCGACACUUGAUAGCGAAAAGAAUGCGUGGUAUUUAAAUUUAAUAUAUGAUGAUUCUAAGUAUAAAAAUUAUUAUUAUGAUCUUUUGGAAAAGUCAUUACUGUACGUUGUUGUUGAUAGAGUACGUUGUUAUCUAAGUUGGUCUAUUGUCCGUUUUUUUUUUGGAAAUUUGUGUUAAAAGGUAAUGAAAAAGAGUUAAACAUAGCAAUAGAAAUGUUGACAUAUAUGAUGACACUGAGUAAACUUCAGCAAGUUCCACGUUUUGUUGUGUUUAAACUUAUAACCAUCUGUUUCUCUCUCGUGCUUUUUCAUCAUAGAUGUAAUUUGGUCUAAAAAUUUAAUAGCCCAAAUUUUAAUUUAAUGUUGUGCUAAAAACGCCAUUGUGUUUUUCUGUGUGCAAUUGGCGGUCAAUUAACUUCCAUUCUGAAAAAUUUUAUUGCAAAUGACAGUAACGAGAAUAAAACUUCAAUUUAA